AUGGAGGCUAUGAAGCGGCAGGGCAAAGUGACCGUCAAGUACGACCGCAAGGAGCUCAGGAAGCGGCUCGUGCUGGAGGAGUGGAUCAUCGAGCAGCUCAGCGAACUGUACGACUGCGAGGAGGAAGAGAUGCCUGAGGUGGAAAUAGACAUCGACGACCUUUUGGAGGUCAACAGUGAUGACGAGCGAGCCGUCAAGCUGCAGGAGUCACUAACAGACUGUUACAAACCAACAGAGGAUUUUGUCCGCGAGUUGCUGGGCAGGAUAAGAGGAAUGAGGAAGCUCAGCGCUCCAUCAAAGAAGGCUCUAUAAUGUCGGGGGCCUCGACGUCGCCUCAUCGACGCGCGGCUUCUGCCGCCCCGCCACGACACUCGAGCAACUCAUCCGUACAUAAGCCGCGUCACUUCCGCAACCACUCGUGCAUACUCGCUCCACACACAAUGUCAAAUAUAGUCUGUACAUUACUGGACUGUGAAAAGGGGUACGUAGCAAACGGCAUCGCCGACUUUUCACAUUUGCUCGUUUUCAAGCCCCCCGACAGCCAAAGAGAUGGAAAAUCUCAACAACAAAAAAAAAAAAAAAGGGAGGAGCAAAGUGUGUACUUGCAAUUGCUGUGAAAUUCAAUGUAGCACGAAAGUGCUUCACCAUUUUUUUUUUUUUUUUAACUGAGGUAUUUUCUGCUGUUACUGCCAUUAUUGUUCAUGUGAAGGUGUGUCGUUCUUUUGCUCAUAAUCCUUCCACUCUCACUUGCUUGCAUCAUGCAAAUGAGUUUUUAAUUCAUUACAUAUUUUGCAUGAAGGGAUGUUUUUCUCUUUUUUUUGCGGGGUGGGGGACCGUUUUAAUAUAUGUGAGGAUGUUGCCAUUUACCCGCUGUUUGGAUGUGCCGCAGCAAGGCAUGAUGGGCAUUGUAGUUCCAGACCACAAGCCUGAUGAUUGGUGGCCUUUUGCUCACGUCGCAGCCAUUUUUGGAGGGGUGGGUGAGGGGGUUCCAACACAUCUCACCUGAUGUCGAUUGACUCUUUCCCAGCGUUGAACCUUCACCAUACGGAUGACCGAGAGGCAACGACUGUAAGUCUGUGGACAGCUUGACACUCGUCAAAUGGAAAUAAGAAAUGUCAAAGGGCAAGAGCCAUCGGGCGGGCGCGGUACUUUUCAAGACAUUCGAAAUAUGAAAGGUGACAUGUUGCGCAAUUGUGGUGGCUCGCUGAUUCUUGACUUCCACCUGCGUUUGUUCCAAACGAGACCCACUCACUUGAACGCGCAUUCAGCCAUGAAUGAAUUGCAAUGGACAAAAUGUGACAAAAUCCCCCCCUUGGCUGCAAAAGACACAAGCAGAGUGAGGGUAGAUGUAUUUAUUUAUUUAUUUUUCUUUAGAACACAAAGUACCCGUCUUGCAUGCUUACUACAGUAAAUAAAGGCUGACCAAGUAACUAACGAUAUAAGUAACUUAUAAUCAAGAAACUUUGAAUUUAGCUUCUUAACUUUAUAGCACUUUUAUUUAGAAUUGACGUGACUUCAUACGUCGGGAAGAAUCCAGGAGAACUUGUGAAAAAAAGGUGCUGUUUUAAAUGUCCUUUCCAGGUAUUUAAAAAACAAACAAAAAAACGUUUUCACUGUGUGAUGCCGGACUAAAACACUAUCUGUGAUGUUGGGCGGACGCGAAUUGCGAGCGAGUGUGAGGCAUCCGGGUUUCGUGAUGAAUUUUCCUCUACUGAGAAGCAGUUCAGGGCCAAUAGGCUAAUAUUUGAUAAUUUAUGAGAAAGUAUUUUAAAAGUGUCCAUAUAGGAAGCUUUGCAUGUAUUUUUUAAGUAGCGUGUGGGAGGGGAGGAGGCCUACAGGGGGGCGUCUGUUGGCCCAGAGGUUUUUCUUUCAUAAAACACCUUCCUUUUUGAUACUUUUUAUUAAGACUACAAUUGACUUUUUUUUGUUUGUUUUUUUUUUUCCAGUUGUUGCUCUUUGUUCUUCGGUACAUCCACGAUAAGCAAUCUUGUUUU